GAUGCAGGCCGCAGAUGUCGUUUGAAGAUCGGUGCUGUCACGACCAGAGAAAAAGUUUCUUCAUUGCAAGCUGGAUUUUUAGGUGCGGAAAGUGUGUUUCUAGCCAUGUUCGUCGUUUAUUAAUUAAAUCCAGUUACGAACGUUUGAUAUUUUCUAGUGUGCAAUUUGGUGAGAAAAUAAUUCGGGCGGAUCAAGGAAGGGGUCGACGAAUUACAAAAUGGAGAAUACAUCGUACGGAAUAAAUGUGGCCAACAGAUACGAUCUUUUUGCGAUAGACGAUGAGGGGGACGAUCCGUUUCAGAUGAUUGCCUCUAGCAAGCAGAAGGCCCAGAAGAAACAACCCGCGCAAGCCUCGGCAGAUCCAUCGGCAAAAGGUGCUAAAAACUCGGAAAAGGAGAACAAAGCCCAGAACAAGGCCACGAUUAACAACGAGAACCGACAUCCCGAUAAACACGCGGAUUCUAAGGCAGCUUCUGCGGCUUCUACCAAUACCAAUUUACAUAACCAGCAGCAGCGUGGUGAAAAGCAUGGCAUCAAGGAAACGCAGAAAGAUAAUAUUCGUACAACACGUGAAGAUGGAAACAAAAAUGGCUACGCUGGUGGUAAAAACGCAGCCGAAAGACGUCCUAUUAAUAAAUCCAACUUUACCGGCGAGAACCGCGAAGAGAAAAACAACAGGAAAAAUCGCGAAGUAAACAACGAUGAAAAUGCUCAACGUCGAUCAGGCCAGGCUGGAGGUAGUAGCGGCAGCGGCGGAAACAAACGCUUCGAAUCUCGCGGAAAGCGCGAAUUUGAUCGUCAAUCGGGUUCCAACAAGACUGGCGUAAAGGCCGUGGAGAAACGCGACGGAACGGGAUCUCACAACUGGGGCAGUGCCAAGGCCGACGCCAAGGAGUACAACAAUUUCCAGGAGGAUUACUCGCAACAGGAAACCGAGGACGAUAAGGGACACGCUUCCGAUCAGGGCAAGGAUGAGGCCACCAACGCUAACGAUCAAUCCGACACUAAAUUGCCAAUUGAGGAGGAGCUCAAGGAAAUGACACUUGAUGAAUGGAAGGCGCAAACCGCAAGCAAACUGGCCAAGCCUCAGUACAACAUCCGGAAGGCCGGCGAAGGUGAGGACGCUACUCAAUGGGACAAAAUGGUAGCUCUGAACAAGAAAAAAUCCGAAACCGAAGGAACCGAAGAGGAAAACGAGACCCAAAAAAUUGGAAAGCAAAAGCAAGUUCUCGAUAUUGAAUUUCAUUUCAACGAUGGGCGCCGUGGUGGAAUGAUGGGUCGUUCUAGAGGUCGCGGAGGAAAGGGCGGCGCACGAAACACUGGAAAACGCGAAGGAGUUGGUGCAGGACCGGAGAAGAAGGAUACAGCCGAGCCGCGUGAAGGUGGAGCAGGUGGAGAGGUAGGCGAAAAACGAGACCGGCGCAAUCGUCCCCCGCCAGCUAACGAGUCAACCUUUGGAAGCUACAAGUUUGCAAAACAAAGCUCGCGCUUCAAGAAUGCUGCUCCUAAGGUUGACGACGAAAAUUUCCCCUCGUUAGGUUAGUGAUAUGCCUUUCGGUUGCAGAAUAAAACUAGUGACGUCUUUUACGAUUCCUGUUUCGUAAGCACUUGCUUUGUUUCAUACUAAAAUAGGUUUCCUUCAUGAAAUAAAAUAAAAAAAUAUCACUUUUUGUUCAAUAGAAAUGUAACUGGUUACAAGCAAAAUUCUUCAAACUUUAAAAUAAACCAUUAAGAAUAGCUCCGUGUGCAA